UAUAUUAAUCCUUUCUCAUGCAUUUAAAAAAAAAAAAAAUCUUCUCUCACUAUUUCUUCACUUGUUUACUUACAAGUUGUUACAACACCUCUCUUAAUAAUGGAGGAAACGACUACAUUUCAGGGACUAGGACACCUCUUCAUGACGAUAUUCUUGUACUGCUUCUCAGUGUUCAUUGUGGCUCCGGUGAUUACAGACGUCAGCAUGGCGGCGCUAUGUCCUGGAAAGGAUGAGUGUUCUCUCGUCAUUUACCUCUCCGGCUUUCAACAAAUUAUCACGGGUGUGGGAUCGUUGAUGAUGAUGCCAUUGGUGGGAAGCUUGUCGGACAAGCAUGGGAGAAAAUCUUUACUUACUCUUCCAAUGACACUCAACAUUUUGCCUCUUGCGACAUUAGCAUAUAGUAGAGGGACAACCAUCUUCUACGUCUACUAUGUACUGAAGACUUUCACUUCGAUAAUUUGCGAAGGAAGUGUUCUUUGUCUUGCCCUUGCUUACGUGGCUGAUAACGUAUCAGAAGGGCAACGAGCCUCCGCAUUUGGAAUACUUACCGGGAUUGCAUCUUGUGCAUUUGUCUGCGCCACUCUUUGCGCUCGAUUUUUAUCUAUUGCCACUACAUUUCAAGUCGCAGCAACACUGGCGAUUUUAUCAACAGUGUACAUGAGGCUUUUGCUACCAGAUUCUAUCCAAGACAACAGUGUAGGGGCUCCCAUUGUUUCAAGCGAAAAUCUGAGUUCUCCUUUACUCGAAGACUGUCCUGGACAUAGAAAUAGAAUAUUCAGAUCAUUUCGUUCGGUACGUGAAAUGGCAUCUCUAAUGAGAAGCAGCGUUCCACUUUUUCAAGUUGCGGUGGUAUCCUUCUUCAGUAGUCUUGGUGAGGCAGGUCUACAUGCUUCGUCUAUGUACUAUUUAAAGGCCAAGUUUCACUUUAACAAAGACCAGUUUGCAGACUUGAUGAUCAUAUGUGGCGCAGCCGGGUCUAUUUCACAGUUGCUCUUCAUGCCCAUUUUAGUUCCAGCUUUGAAAGAGGAGAGAUUGCUCUCAAUUGGUCUUUUUUUUGCUUCUGCCCAUAUGUUCCUCCUCUGUGUGGCAUGGUCUUCAUGGGUUCCAUAUAUUGCAGCCAUAUCUGCACUUUUCUCUGUAUUUCCUCAAUCGUGUAUACGGAGCAUUGUCUCGAAACAAGUAGCAUCGUACGAACAGGGGAAAGCCCAAGGGAUUAUUUCAAGUAUAUGUUCCCUUGCAAAUGUCAUUUCCCCCCUGGCAUUUUCACCUUUAACAGACUGGUUUCUGUCCGAAAGAGCUCCAUUUAAUUUCCCAGGUUUCAGUAUAAUGUGUGCGGGAUUCACCAUGCGAGAAAGAUUAGCUCAAAUGAGCCAAUACGAAAGAACAUUGUUUACAUAGGUAGCUAAAUGCGGAACUGUGCGGACCCGCCGCGCAAGGUUAUCUGCUCUACCAUUCUGUGAACGAGGAAUGUAGACUAUGGAGAAUGACGUGAACUCCUCUUUAUCAGCCAGAAUGUCCUCCAAAUAAGGUGUGAAUGUUGGCCACUCGGCAGGCGAAGACACCAUCUUCACUAAGUCAGAGAAAAAAAAAAAAAAC